CGCGCACGGAGACAUCCACGUCGAUGUUGCGAGACGCGCGUGCGCGUACUUGUCCGUCAUUUUGUCAAGUGAACGAUUGGUGACUUGUCACGUGUCACUCGGUGGCUUUAAGUCGAGUCUUGUUUGCAAGGGUCGCGUUGCUUCUGUUUUGUUUAUUUUCUCCGAGAAGAGAAAAGAAGAAAGGUGCUUCAUCACUGCGCGGGUUGAUUGUUGGCUAGCUGAUGAAGUGGCAUCGAGAGCCGACCGAGGACGCUUGACUUUUUUUUUUUUUUUUUUUUCCAUCCUGCGGGCAUAAGGGGACAUCGUCGGGAUCCAGGUUGCCGUGGUUACCACACACUGCUCCUGCCGAGUUCCACAGCUUUGUGUGUGUGUGUGUGUGUGUGUGUGUGGUGACAUGGCAGGAUGUCUCAUAAGUCGCAUCUAUGUGUCAAAGUAAGAGUUUGCUUUUUCGGAAGGGUGAGAUUUGAUUAUCUUUGUAUGUAUGUGUGUGUGUGUGUGUGCGUGUGACUAAGGUGCAUGAUGGGAUCUUUUCGGCGCUCCAGGCCCCGCUUCAUGAGUUCUCCAGUUCUGUCCGACCUGACCCGCUUCCAUGCUGCACCCAAUACACUGCAAGCAUGCAACAGCACCAUCUGGAACAGCGUCCAAUCGGCAGUGAUGAAAGUCUUCAGGGGCGGAGCUCUGCAGCCCAACGAGCUCUACACACUGAACGAGAGCAUCAGGUGGCUGCUGAAGAGCGAGAUGGGCUCCUUCGUCACAGACUACUUGCAGAAUCGUCUGCUGACGGGCGGCUUAACAGAGCUUCUGGAGCGCAUCUUCAUCUCUGGUGGAGAGCAGCUGGCGGCGCUGGCCGAGGCAUGGCGGUGCUUUUUCACGGAGACGCUGCCCACGCUGCAGGCCAUCUUCUACCCUCUACAGGGUCAGGAGCUGUCUGUACGACAGAUGACACUGUUGGCCUUCCGAGACUUGGUACUGCUGAAGCUCCCUCUGGAGGACAGUCUGCAAAGCGCGGGCGGUGUGCCGCCCGCCGUCACGCACAUGCUGCUGGUGCUGCAGGGGGUGCGAGAGUGCGGCGCAGCGUCCAGCUCGCGUUACCGUCAUCUCGAGCGUCUGGCGGCCAUGGUAGUGUCACCGUACCUCAGCGAUGUCGUCCCUGCCGCCGCCGCCGACCUUCACCCUUCAGAGUGCUGGGGGGACGGCGGUCUGCCGUGGUUUAUAGGUGACGGCUCCCAGCCUGACAUCUGCUCUUCUUUGGCACCCCUGGUGGAGCACGAGGGCGAGGCCUACCUGGAGAAAGUGGGCGGCAUGCGGCGCCACACGGUGGCCAAUGCGCAUUCUGACGCGCGCCUGCUCAGCGGCAGGAUGAGUUGCGCCAACGAGGUGCCCGACGGCGCCGGCUCGCCGACUCGGCCCGCUGACGCCGGACACUUUGGUAGUCAACCUAACGUCAAGGACUAACCCUAGCACUGCAAGUACAGUCAGAGGUUCAAGCACAGGAAACUGAUGCUGCUCUUGGGAGUAAAACGGCACGCUUGCUUCCUGCAAACGGGCUAGCUGGGGAACGCGGCGUAGCUAACAGAAAGGAUGAGAGGUGAGGAUGAAAAGAGAUGAGGGCGUGAGAAGAAACACGCAAGCGAU